UGCCAAACAACCAGGAGGCAGAAAGAGGGAUUGGGAGACUGGGCAGGCUGGAUUCAGCAUAGCAACAGAAGGACAUUGACCCCACUAGGGAGGGUGCCUUUAGCCACUAUGAAGAAGGAGGUGUGCUCUGUGGCAUUCCUGAAGGCUGUGUUUGCCGAGUUCCUUGCCACCCUCAUCUUUGUCUUCUUCGGCUUGGGCUCAGCCCUGAAGUGGCCCUCAGCACUACCCAGUAUCUUACAGAUCUCCUUGGCAUUUGGCUUGGCUAUUGGCACCCUGGCCCAGGCCUUGGGUCCUGUGAGUGGUGGGCACAUUAACCCUGCCAUCACGCUGGCCCUCUUUGUGGGCAACCAGAUUUCUCUGUUCCGAACUGUCUUCUAUGUGGUCGCUCAACUGGUGGGUGCCAUUGCUGGUGCUGGCAUCCUUUACGGACUCACUCCUCUCAAUGCCCGAGGCAACCUAGCUGUCAAUGCUCUCAACAACAACACAACUCCGGGCCAGGCCGUGGUGGUGGAGAUGAUCCUGACUUUCCAGCUGGCCCUCUGUAUCUUCUCCUCCACUGACACCCGACGCACUGACCCUGUGGGCUCCCCUGCCCUCUCCAUUGGCCUGUCUGUCACACUGGGACACCUGGUUGGGAUCUAUUUCACAGGGUGCUCCAUGAAUCCUGCUCGAUCUUUUGGCCCAGCUGUCAUCAUGAAGAGAUUCAGUCCAGCUCACUGGGUGUUCUGGGUGGGGCCCAUCACAGGGGCUGUCGUGGCCGCCAUCCUAUACUUCUACCUGCUGGUACCUAACCCCAUGAGUCUGAGUGACCGCAUCGCCAUUGUUAAGGGUACAUAUGAGCCCGAGGAAGACUGGGAAGAGCAUCGGGAGGAACGGAAGAAGACUAUGGAGCUCACAUGUCAUUGACAUACACCUGGCCGUGUGGGGAGAGACAAUGCUUUACUCCCAUAAAGCAUCCAGGGGGAAAAUGGACAAAAGAACAGCAAAGUUUCCUUCUUCUAUAGACGGGUAUUCUAGGCUAGGGAAUCAGUCUCCAUGGCUACCCAGUUAGAGUUGGGAGCUAGGACCUGUUCCUGGGUGGUUAUGGGACUAUGAGGGAAAGGGACCUGUCUAUGAAGAGUUUUCUUUCAGGGAUGGGCAGGCACCAGAGCUUGGACCUCAGAAAUGAUACUAGAACCCAACAGUAGGGCCUAGAGUCUAGAACCUAUGGAACCCAGAACCUAGAACCCAGCCUACAAAGUAUUCUGCCAAACAGGGCCAAGUUCCACAAUCAGUACUCUGGCCUGGGCCCAACUCCUCACCAGUUCUGCCUCAAAGCCAGAGAGACCUGAAUCCCAAGGAAUGGCAAGGAUUCUCCCUUCCUCCCUAUCCAGGCUCCAUAGCUCCUCUAGGACAGACAGACUGCUUCACUGAAAAACACCUUAUUUAUUUUCAAUCAACUAGGCCAAAGGGUAGACUGGGGUUGUAUAGUGGUGUUUGGGGGAGGGCUGUUCCAUCCAUCCCCCAAUAAAUCUGUUUCCUCUGUCUUUCCCUA